UCCUUCCCCAGGAUGGGGAGCUAUUUCAGCUGGGCUCAGUGGCAGGAGCUGGAACUUCAGGCUCUGAUCUACAGAUACAUGUUAGCUGGAGCCACCGUCCCACGGCCGAGCUGCUCCAGCCGAUCAAGAAGACCUCCUUCAGGCCCUUAUUUCCUCCACCACCCUCUUGGCCAUUUGCAACAUUACCCUCAAUAUCAGCCUGCUUUGUUGCAGGCAGGGUACUGGGGCAGAGCCUCCAUGGAUCCGGAGCCCGGGAGGUGCCGCCGCACCGACGGCAAGAAGUGGCGGUGCUCGAGGGAUGUGGUGCCCGGCCAGAAGUACUGCGAGCGCCACAUGCACCGCGGACGUAACCGUUCAAGAAAGCCUGUGGAAAUCCCCACGUCUGCCGCUGCCGCCAAUGGUGGCGGCACCGCCAGGGCUUUAGUGGGACUAAUCUCAAAUCUGCCGAUCCCGCCGUGGUCGCCGCCACCGCCGUCCCUCUGGCGGCGGUGGCCGGGGGCGGCGGCCAUUUCUCGCUCUCGGGGCCUUCGUCCUCGAUCGAUCUCUUCAAAGCUGGGUAGGUCCCAAAUAAAGCUAUCCUCCCCAUUUAUAUGCCUCAAAUUUGGAACGGAGCUCUUAGAUUCUGCAUUACCUGAUCCCAACCAUUUCCCUUUUGAAGCAUUGGACCCCAUGGAGAUUUUGCUUGCGUUCCAUUGUUUUCAAACUUAUUCUUUGCGUAAUACUCUUGCUUUUUCCUGUGUCUUUCCUGUGCCUCCGUGCUUUUCUCUUUUCGACAGUUACUCCGAGCCCAAGAGCGACGGCAACAAGCACCUCUUUGAAUCCCAGGGCGAGGCGAACGGCGGCAGCAGAUCUGACGGGCACAUAUUGAGGCACUUCUUCGAUGACUGGCCGCGGUCGCUCCAGGAUUCUGACAACUCCUCGAGCAACGCCAGCCCGAUGAGCUCGUCAACCUGCCUGUCCAUCUCCAUCCCUGGCAACCCCUCCUCCGACGUGUCGCUGAAGCUGUCCACAGGCCACGGCGACGAGCCCAGCACGAACGACAGGGACGCCGCCGCCGAGAGGGACCACCCGCCCCAGCUCGGCAACUGGGGCACUGGCUGGUCGCCGAACCAGGUGGCUUAUGGGGGUCCGUUGGCCGAGGCGCUGAGGUCGUCCACGAGCCACUCAUUCCCCACGAGCGUCCUGCAUCAGGUGCCCCGCGGUUUGGCCUCGGAAGCUAGCUACGUUAGCACCUAAUCCGGGGUCAUUGGUGGUCUUAAAACAAAGUAAGGGGUGACAAAAGAUAUAGUGGGGUCCUGUCUUCUUUGCUGGUUUUGUUUGGUCACUCUUCCCUACUCACAUCACUCAGAUGAUAUAUCUCUGUAAAUCGGGCGUGUUUGUGUGGUCCUACGCCAUAUUAUCUUUUCUGAACUGAUCUUUGCAUUAACCCCAAAGUGUUCAUUGGGAAACAAGAAAGGGAGAGAGUGUUCUAUGCACCUGAAGGUGCUGAUUUCAUGCAUCGAGAUCUGAUGCGGCCAAUCGAUGAGA